AUGGCCCAGGUCCCGACACGCCAUCCAUCCCCGCCUCGCAAGUUGUACAGCGAGCUGGAAUCCGUUCCGGGGUUCGCUGACGGGUCCCACAGUCCUCGUACCUUUGCCCACGAAACCGGCGAUCUCGGAACCGAUCGACACUCUGAUUCGGACGAGUCUGGCGACUCAGCAAGAUCGGAGGAAGGUGGUGUAUCCGGAUCGACUGGAUAUCUGUCAGGCAACCAGCGAGAGCGACGCAUAGAGGCGAGUCCUCCCAUGAUAGGAAAGCCCUUAGAAGAAGAAAGCCUGGCCUCCCAGCUGAGAGGCAUAAAGAAGCUGAGAGAGGUCGCUGAUAAGGAGGGCCAAUAUGGGUGGAGUUCUGUUCACGCACCCUUUACCUGGCGGCCGGUGAAUAUCUCCGACUACGAGGGCGAUUACGACUCCGGGGAGGGCCCGAAACCCUUGAAAUCCCAACCAGGGUUUAUCCGCGAGCGUCUCGGGAGGCUCCGGCCCGUCCGCGGCCCGCGAACCCACCACGUCUAG